AUGGUCAGGCACGCCAGUGGACUGCUCAGGCUCGCCAUAAAUUCCGAAUCUCUCCUGCAACUGGAGCUCGUCGAGCUCGGUGCCCUGCGGGAGCUCGCCAUAGAGGCGGCGGCGCUCAAGAAACUAGUUUUGAGCAGUUGCUUCAGCUACAUGCCGCGUGUCCUGCCAGUUGCUACCAUCUCAGCCCCUCGGCUUGUGAUUCUCAAGUUGGGAGAUGCGAAUGUGCAACGCUAUGUCCAGCUCGGUCGGAUGCCACAUCUCCAGUCCUUUGGGGACUUGUCAUAUUGUGUAUAUGGAGUCCAAGGACCAAAUGGGGGCAGUGAACACAAUACAGUUUGUUUGAAGCUCUUGCAGCCUAUCAAGACCAUCAAAACUCUUUCGCUGUCGCUGGCCUAUUUUAGGGAUAUAGGCAACUAUCAAUACGUGAUGGAAGACAUGAAAGUUCUCCCUGACCAUGAAGUUUUGUACCUGAAUGUACUUGCAAAUCGACAUUCCUUUGGGGCCAGCUCAUUCCAUGUUCUCAGGAUGUGUGUUGGAAUAAGAAUGCUGGUGCUGACAUUGUUAGAUGAUAUCCACUCAGAGGCACAAACUCCAUGCCCACAAGGUUGUGUUUGUGAGGAACAAUCAAACUGGAAAAUCGAGGAACUUUCGUUGAUUAACCUUCAAGAAAUAGAAAUCCUAAAGUUGAGAGGAUCUGAACAUGAAGCUUCUUUUGUGAAGCGACUAUUCAAUUGGGCAACAGCACUGAACAAGAUAACAGUAUUUUUAGAUUCAUCAACCACUGAAAGGAAGGCCAAGGAUCUGUUCCAGAUGUUUGAAAGCCUAUCUAGACCAGAGUAUGCAUGGAAUUGUAUCGUAACCAUAAGAAGGUGUCAUAUGCACCCUGAUAUUAUAGGGCAUCGGGUGCAUCAGUACCUUAAACUUCUGUUCCUGGAAUAUGAACCAUGGAAGGAAUAUGCAUCAAAGGGCGUCAUGUGUGUACCUAGCCCUCACCAAAGCCUUGAUGGUUCAAGUGCCAAUGUGAUUAUGCUAGUUGGAAUGUGA